CGGAGGAGACGGCGGGAGGAGGAGGAGGAGGAAGAGGAGACGAGGGCCCGCGGGCCGCGCACGGAGCCGUCGGGAUGUUGCAGAAUGUGAAUCCCCAGAGCAAGCUCCUGGGGGAGGGCAAUGCCGGGCUCAUGGCGCUGGCGACGCCGACGGAGUCGACUCCCGGGAAGCGGAUCCGCAAACCUUCGCUGCUCUACGAGGGCUUCGAGAGCCCCACCAUGGCCUCGGCUCCCGCCCUUCCCAACCCUCAGGCCAAUCCGCCGCCUCCCGAGGUUUCCAAUCCCAAAAAACCCGGUCGGAUCACCAACCAGCUCCAGUACCUGCACAAGGUGGUGAUGAAGGCGCUGUGGAAGCACCAGUUCGCGUGGCCCUUCCGCCAGCCCGUGGACGCCGUCAAGCUGGGCCUGCCGGAUUACCACAAGAUCAUCAAGCAGCCCAUGGAUAUGGGAACCAUCAAGAGACGCCUGGAGAACAACUAUUACUGGGGGGCAGCCGAGUGCAUGCAGGACUUCAACACCAUGUUCACCAACUGCUACAUCUACAACAAGCCCACGGAUGACAUCGUGCUGAUGGCGCAGACCCUGGAGAAGAUCUUCCUGCAGAAGGUGGCACAGAUGCCUCCGGAGGAGCAGGAGAUCGUGGUGCCCGUGGCCAAGAACAGCCAUAAAAAGGGGGCAUCCAGGGCGGCAGCGCUCCUGGCGGGACUGACGGCAGCUCAGCAGGUCCCGGCCGUGUCCUCGGUGUCCCAGCCCACAGUGUACACCCCCACGACCCCCGAGAUCCCCACAACCAUCGUCAACAUCCCCCACCCCUCGGUCAUCUCCGCCCCCAUCCUGAAAUCCCUGCAUCCCAACGCUCCGGCCGUCCUGGCCCCGCCCGCGCCCACACAGCCCGUGGCCAAGAAAAAGGGGGUGAAGCGGAAAGCCGACACCACCACGCCCACCACCACGGCCAUCAUCGCCACCAGCACCGGCGGCGAGUCCUCCCCGUCCCCCUCGGCCUCCGGAGCCCCCCCGGACCCCCCGAAACCCGCCAAGAUCCCCGCCCGGCGCGAGAGCGGCCGCCCCAUCAAACCCCCCCGCAAGGACCUCCCGGAUUCCCAGCAGCACCAAACUUCCAAGAAGGGGAAGCUCUCGGAGCAGCUCAAGUAUUGCAACGGGAUCCUGAAGGAGCUGCUGUCCAAGAAGCACGCGGCCUACGCGUGGCCCUUCUACAAGCCCGUGGACGCCUCGGCCCUGGGGCUCCACGACUACCACGAGAUCAUCAAGCACCCCAUGGAUCUCAGCACCAUCAAGAGGAAGAUGGAGAACCGGGACUACCACGACGCGCAGGAAUUCGCGGCCGACGUGCGGUUGAUGUUCUCCAACUGCUACAAGUACAACCCGCCCGACCACGAUGUGGUGGCCAUGGCCAGGAAGCUCCAGGACGUGUUCGAGUUCAGCUACGCCAAAAUGCCGGAUGAGCCGCAGGAUGCUGGAGCUCCCUCUGUGUCCACCCCGCUGCCUGUUCCCAAAUCCUCCUCCGAGGAAUCUUCCAGCGACGAGGACGAUGAGGACGAGGACGACGAAGACGACGAGGACGACGAGACCAGCACGGAAAGCUCCUCGGAGAGCGAGGAGAGCUCGGAUUCCGAGGAGGAACGAGCCAACCGGCUGGCAGAGCUGCAGGAGCAGCUGCGGGCCGUGCACGAGCAGCUGGCUGCCCUCUCGCAGGGCCCCGUGUCCAAACCCAAGAAAAAGCGGGAGAAGAGGAAGAGGAAGAAGUCGGAGAAGCACAAAGGGAGGGACGAGGAGACGAGGGCGAGGCAGGCGCAGCUCCGGAGGGCCCGGAAAGCCGGAGGCAGCGGCGGAUCCAAGAAUUCCAAGAAAUCCGCCAAACCUGCCCUGCCAGCCCCUCCAUCCCUCUACGAUUCCGAGGAAGAGGAGGAAUCCAAACCCAUGACCUACGACGAGAAGCGCCAGCUGAGCCUGGACAUCAACAAACUUCCUGGGGAAAAACUGGGAAGAGUGGUGCACAUCAUCCAAUCCCGGGAGCCUUCCCUGCGGGAUUCCAAUCCCGAGGAAAUUGAGAUCGACUUUGAGACCCUCAAACCCUCCACGCUGAGGGAGCUGGAGCGUUACGUCCUGUCCUGCCUCCGGAAAAAACCCCGGAAACCCUACAGCGAGACCAUGAAGAAGCCGGUGGGGAAGACGAAAGAGGAGCUGGCGCUGGAGAAGAAGAGAGAGCUGGAAAAGCGUCUCCAGGACGUCAGUGGGCAGCUGAACUCGGCCAAGAAACCCCCCAAGAAGGCCAAUGAGAAGCCGGAAUCUGCCCAACAAGUGGCAGCUUCCCGACUUUCUGCCUCCAGCUCCAGCUCUGAUUCCAGCAGCUCCAGCUCCUCCUCCUCCUCCUCCGACACCAGCGACUCGGAUUCUGGUUAGUUGGGAAUUCCCAGGGAUUCCCAGGAAUUCCCGGGCUCCGCAGGACCGGACCCGAGUCCCCCUCCUGGAUUCUGGGGUGACUCCCACCCCCCCUCCAGCACCGAUGGACUUUGGGAAUGCGGGAGAAGAGGGGGGAGGAUCCCAUGGGAUGAGGUUUUGAGAGUUUUGGGAUUAUCCCGUUUUCCUCCUCCAGUGGAAUUUUACUGUUUGUUUUUGGUUUUUUUGUUGAUUUUUUGUUUUGUUCUGUUUUGUUCUGGUUUUUUCCUUUUUUUUUUUUUUUUUUUUU